AACAGCUAGACCCUUGGCAUGAACUGCUGCGGCUCACCAUCUAGCUGGUAGCAACCUGUCCUAUAACUGCACCCAACAUCUCCAUCUAUUACUUGUGAUGUUGAGCAGAUGCCCUGGUAGUCAUCAGAACAAUCCGUCGCGACACACUCGACAGCAUAUUUGCACCGUAGCACUGCCCCGUAGCACUGCCCCGCAAUCACGACCAACAUGACGGAAGUCGAAGUUGCAACAAAAGCUCCCGAGAGCGAUGCACAGGAAGAUACGCCCGCGCUCACCCCCGUUAUCCUUGGCGAUACCCCGGCGCAGACAGGUCCUACUAUGGGCGAACAUUGCACAACUGACAGGCCAACCCCUGCCGGUGAAGCUCCGCAAGGAGAGAUACGCAAGCUGGGCGGUAUUGAUGCAUACGUGUCCAAGCCCGCAUCCUACCCCACAGCGCCCUCGAAACUCCUCCUUCUCCUGACGGGCGGCACGGGGCUGAAGUCAGCCAACAACCAGAUCCAGUCAGACAAGUUCGCAGCCGAGGGCUUUGUGGUCGUGAUGCCCGACUUAUUCGAAGGCGACCCGGCCCCUAACUCUUCAUCUACGUUGCCUGACGCCGAAACGGAAGGCUCUUCUUUUCUGGAAAAGUUCAAGCUCAAAGCCGUCGAAACGGCCAAGUCCUUCAUGAUCGACAUGUGGCUGGCGCGGCACACAGAGGAGAAGGUCAUGCCGCUGCUCGAGAAGGUGAUCGAUGCAUGCAAAUCCGAGUUCGCGGAUGCCGUGGCGGCGGGUGAUGGGAUUUAUGCGGUUGGUUACUGCUUUGGCGCUCGUUACAUCCUGCUACUGGCGGCGGAGAAGGCGCUGGUGCAGGGAGGAUGGAGUGGUGUGAACAGGCCUGCGGAUGAGGAGGCUGGUGAGGGCCAGGGGCCGAGCAAGAAGGGUCCGUUCAUCAAAGCCGGUGCACUGGCGCAUGCGACAUUGGUCUCCCCUGAUGACUUUGUUGGGUUGAAGUCGCCCAUCAGCCUGGUGUGCGUAGAGAACGACCCUAUGUUCCCUGACGAGGUGCGGACGAAGGGCGAGGACAUGAUGUCGAAGGACGGGGUGGAGCACGAGGUUCAGGUUUACCCUGGUGUACCACACGGUUUCGGCGUCAUUGGGGAUUACGCAGAUUCGCACAUUAAAGAAGCGCAAGCAACAGCUUUUGAGCAGAUGUUGAAGUGGGUCAAGGAACAUUAAGGGGCCAAUAGCAGCGGUGUCGUUUAGAGGAUGGCGUUUGGUUUUACUGAGUCGGUUUGGUCCUUUGGGUUGGGGAUUGCAUUGGCAGGCUUUCGCCCGGAGCAGUAGGCUACUUAUUCUGUUUUUACCUAAGUUUUGAGAAGACCCUAUGAAUUGAUGAGUGAAGUUUCACCGUCAUCUUGAAAAGCAAUGAAGCAGUCUUGAGGUAAGCAUGAGCCUAAAAAUUGCCAAACUUCAGGGAAAUAGCGAUGAAAAGGGGUGGCUUCCGGGUAUGUCCGCUACUGGUUCGGGAGAAAUAUCCCAACAGAAUCAAGAUUUAAGGUCAUGUUGGAAUCAACGACCGGGGUAAAGAUUGAACCUGGAUGGACUAUGAACGUAGGAGGACAUUUGUCUCGCUUCAUUCGACAAAU